GUAGUCUAUUUCAUAUUUUCCCGGUAAAUGUUAGAGCUUAAGGUAGUUGAAACGCAUGCGUAUGGUUGUCACUACUCAGGAGCUAAGCUUUGUAGUAUUCAAUGGUACCUUGACUGGUGCUGGUCGCCUGUGUCAAAUUCGUUAUUAGUCCGUUGUGUUUCCGCGAAAAACCUAUCGACCAUUAUACUCGCAGUUUUCGUUGAUCUAUCGCAUUCAAGCAUAAAUUACCACGUUUGUCGGUCGGUUUCGUUGUAACCAUCUGUGUUCAAUCCAUGCGUUAAAUUUCCGCGUUUUUCUUCGAAAAAAUUUUUUUUUUAUAUUUUGUCGUGUUAUCGGUACGUAACGUACGUGCGCGCGCGAAUAUAACAUGCACACGUAGUGCACACAAUCGUGAAGCAUUGGUGAAUUAAUAGGAAAAGAGAAAUUGUGAUGCGUGAUAGUAUCGACUGAGGUUUCGAUUGUUUUUUCACGAGCGCGUGGACAUACAGACGCCAUCGCGUGUACUUGACGUUUGCAAGUGAUGCUGGUUGUUUGGCAAGGAGCAGCUCGCCGUUGCCUGAGUUGCAGCGGGCAGCGCACCAACCAAGGUUACCAACUGCGCCAUCGUCAUCGUGGAUCAGUCGGUGAUAGAUUGAAUCGAUAUCAACUCGUUGGAACCGGGGAAGAUGCGGCCUUGCACUUGGAGCUGAAACCGCCUCGCAGGCUGCGAAGAACGGCAGGUCCGCAACCUCAAUCGAUCACUAAAAAGUAAGGAAACCUCGAAUAUCGUCUCGCGUCUCGUCCUUUCCACGUUGCUAACGAACCAAAAAAAAAAACCACAGUACAAAAAUAAGAAAAAAAGAAAGGAACAGAAGUGUACGAAAAAGCAGGCAGUCGAGAGAUUGAAUAGAAAGUGAUAGAUUUUGAUUGAGGGAGUGGGGGAGAGAGAGAGAGUGGGCGAUCGGGAAGGACGAAAGGAAAGAAACGAUCGACGAUCGUAGAUCAAGAGGCGGAAAAGCUUAAACGAAAGGAAGAGGAAUCGGCAGAUAGAACGUACCUUUCGAAAAAUUAAAGAACUGCUAAGAGACACGCUGUUCCGUCGGGUUUGAACGGAAAAAUAAUAGUCGAACCGUGGUGGGAACGCGAUUCUUUUCGAAAGAAAUAAUAAUAGAAAAGGCGAGGAAGGGCCAUCGAUCGUGUUCUUUGAUUCGAGUAAACAGAGAACGGAGAUAAAAUCGCAAACGAGCGAUCCUGUCGAGCUGAGAUCGCUAAUUACGAGAAAAUGGCCCCUAGUUCCAUGGCCUCUGUCUCGAUGAAUUGCCUGCUGAAUGCUGCGUCGUUCCUCGCGUUCCUCGUCGUUCUUCAAAGUUGCGCUAGUGCGGACAAGGCGGCAGGCUUCGUAAAACCGCCUCCGUGCCCGAGCGACGUUUACUGUCACGGCGACCUCCUGCACACGAUACAAAUGGCGUCGAUCUACAAGGACUCGAAGACCUUCGUGGACAUGAAGAUGAAGUUUUCGCCGAACGAGACGCUGGCGAUGUUCCGGGAGUUUAUGGAACAGGUCGACCAGAUGCCCAGCCGGCACCAGAUCGAGCAAUUCGUGAACCGAGCCUUCGAUCCCGAGGGAUCGGAGUUCGAGGAUUGGGACCCGGCGGACUGGACCAUGCAUCCCAAGUUCCUGAACAGGAUCGCGGACGAGAAUCUUCGGAGGUUCGCCUCGGAUCUGAAUCAAAUCUGGAAGAUGCUCGGUAGAAAGAUGAAGAACGACGUGAAGAUCAACGAGGAUCGAUACUCCAUCAUUUACGUGCCUCAUCCCGUGAUCGUACCCGGCGGUCGAUUCCGUGAGUUCUAUUAUUGGGAUUCGUACUGGAUCAUCAAGGGGUUGCUUCUGUCGGAGAUGUACACCACCGUGAAGGGGAUGCUGACCAACUUCGUGUCGCUGGUGGACAAAAUCGGCUUGAUACCGAACGGUGGUAGGAUCUACUACACCAUGAGAUCCCAUCCCCCGUUGUUGAUCCCCAUGGUCGAGGAGUAUCUGAAAACGACCCAAGAUUACAAGUGGCUGGAGGACAAUUUUCAUUUGCUCGAGAAGGAGUUCGACUUCUGGAUGACCAAUCGAACGGUCGAGGUCGAUAUGGACGGGACGAAGUACACCCUGGCUAGAUACUACGAGGAAUCCAUGGGCCCGCGACCCGAGUCCUACAAAGAGGAUUAUCUGACGAGCCAAAACUUCCGCACGAACGAGGAAAAGGAGAACUACUACGCGGAGCUGAAGACCGCCGCCGAGUCGGGCUGGGAUUUUUCCAGUCGUUGGUUCAUACUCAAUGGCACGAACAAAGGUAACCUGACGAACUUGAAAACGAGAUACAUUAUCCCCGUCGAUUUGAACGCGAUCAUAUAUCGGAAUGCGCAGCUGCUGGCCAAGUACAGCCAGAGGAUGGGCAUCGAAAGCAAGGCUGUCUAUUACCGGAAAAGAGCCGACGAAUGGAAGAGAGCGGUGACCGCCGUGCUGUGGCACGACGAAGUCGGCGCCUGGCUCGACUACGACAUAUUGAACGACAUCAAGAGAGACUAUUUCUAUCCAACGAACAUUCUGCCGCUGUGGACGUUCUGCUACGACCUCGACAAGAGGGAGGAGUACGUGGCGAAGGUGCUCAAGUAUCUCGAGAAGAAUCAGAUCAUGUUGAAUCCGGGCGGCAUACCGGCCACGCGCGAACACUCCGGUGAACAGUGGGACUACCCGAACGCGUGGCCACCGUUGCAGUACUUCGUCAUCAUGUCGCUGGACUACACGAACGACCCGUGGGCCCAGAGACUCGCCUACGAGAUCGGCCAGAGAUGGGUCCGUAGCAACUACAAGGCGUUCAACGAGACCCAAGCCAUGUUCGAGAAGUACGACGCGACGAUGUCGGGCGGCCAUGGUGGCGGUGGCGAGUACGAGGUCCAACUUGGCUUCGGCUGGACGAACGGGAUCAUCAUGGACUUGCUGGGCAAGUACGGUGAUAGGAUGACGGCCGAGGAUCAUUUCGUGUACGACGACGUCGUCGAGAGCGCCUCGGCGCCGCCGCCGGUAGUCGUGUCGACGGCUGGCCAGGUGAUGACUGGCAUUCUAGCCGUCAUUAUAUCGCUGGCUGCAGGAUUCAUAGGAAUGGUGGUGUACAAGAGGAGGCAUUACUACGUCCCCGGGCCGUCUACGAUGCCGAACAAGAGGAAAGUGAUAUCGCCGAACAGCAACCUCUACCGGAAGAGGAUCGCGUACACCGAGCUCAGGGACAUGAACAACGAUUGACGACCGCUGGUCAGCUAAAGAACCGAUUCGUAAACCGAUUCUGAAGCGAAAAGAGCACGUGAACUUAGUUAGAGCAAGGAAGAAAAUAGAAACGAGAAUACCCGAGCGCCGCGAGAAAGUCGAGCGACGCCAGGACCUCGGCGAGGACCUCGAUUUCUGGCAUAGCUAAAAAAAACAGGUACGCAACGCGACAAGCGGGGAAGAGAAUAGCUUUCGGUCCGUCUCGUCGAAGGCUAAAGAGCUCGUUUGCACGGUCUUGCGCGAGGUGCAAGCUCCGGAUCUCACGUAGGUGGCGCCACUGAGCGCGGCAAACCCUCGAACGAGAAGAAAAGGACGCUCACCGAUGUUGCGUUUCCGUUCCUUCGCGCGCAAAAUGUCUGUUAGAAAGAUUCUCGAACGACAAUAGGGAGUAGCUGCUACUGGAAUCCCAGACACCUCUGCACCCGCGAUAGCUGUAAUUCGAAAUUCGAGAAUCGCGUUCCUAGCACGAUCGAGCGAAGCAAUUCGAAACGGAACACAAGGCGCGAGCUGGCUGCUAUUUCAGCAUCGAACGUUUUAGCUUCUUUUUCUACUUGCGUCCAAAGGCACCACUGUUCCUGAAUUUCCUUGCUUACACCCUCCUACCCACCCCCCAUUGUACCACUUGCUCCUGGAUCUUCGGCCUAACGAAUUUUGGUUUCGCGAUCGUUGUAAAAACUAAUUCUUCGAAUCGGAGAAAUAAUUAGAAAGGAUUCGCGCGAUGCGUAGUCGACGCGCUAAGUAAAAAUAGAAAACAGACAAUAAAGUAAUUGGAAGUGACGAGCACCGAUGGACGUUGGCACGGAACGAGUCUGCGCGCGUGCAGAAAACAGACCAGAAUUAAACGAAACGUUGCGUUCCACGUAAAUUGUUUAUAGCGUAAGGGUUUCUGCGUGUGGACUGCGUAGGAGAGGGAGGCGUCGGGGCACCCUCGGAGCGUUUGUCGCCGUCUGAAUAGAAAAUCGAGCGAGAAAGGAACUCGCCCUCCCGCGAUCAGUUUUGUACGAGACGUCGACGUGAAAUAUACCAAUCGUAAACGUUCCGUGACUUAGCUUCUUUCAAAACCCAGCAAUCCAUCCAACCGUUCUAUCCCCCGCGACUGCAAUAGAUAAGUUUAGAUAAUCGAUAAUCGAGUCACGAUACUACAGAUUAAAUUAACGACAUGUUGUAUUUUUACUAAUAUCUUUGUAAGGGAAUCCGUUUAUCGUUCGUCCUUCAUCCUUGUUUCGAACGGAAUUAGGGAUAGCCGACGAUCGUCACUCUGUUUCUCUUUCUCUCCGCGUAUUUCAUUGUUUAACGUUUCGAAAUCGCUUGUUCCCGAUCGACGACCACCGAGGCUAUUCUACUUAAUUUCUAUCGCCAUGACAAAGCACGAGAAAGAAUAUAAUCGUUUAGAUUAUCAUUGGGUCGACCUUUCGUCGAUCGUUGGCUUAUCAGAACGUACGAACGAGCCAUAAAUGUCGUUCGAAUUGCAACGAACGAAGAUUCACUCGAUGAUUCGAGCAAACGAAGAACAAGUUGCGUGAGAUUCUCGUUCGUCCGAUUUGCCCAGCGUAAAUUUCGAGUGUAGCUUCGUUCGUAGGUGACGACGCUAUGUAUAGAAGAAACGUGAGCUACUACGGGAGAGCUCCCGAAAUCGCCCCCCGAGUUCCCUUUGUAAAUAGUUUCACUUUUUACAUUUGUUCUCUUCGAAGCUGACGCGCACAGUACGAACAGUACGUGUCGUUGUAUUAUUACGUUCCUUUAUUCAUUUCUCCCCCACUCCUAGUUCCUUACGUUGUCACAAACGUAUCGAUCAGGGCUGGGACUAUUUGAAUAUUUUAUAGGUAUUCGAAUACUACGGAUAAACUGAAUAUCAUUGUUCGAGUAACGAGAAAUUUAUAUAUUCGCGCUAUUUAAAUAACGAGGAUACUGGUGUAUUUAAAUAUUACGUAUUAUCAGAUGAUUCUGGUCACCUAUACGGAUGAACCGUUGUGUGAGUGAAUUCGGUGGAUCCUCGAGGGAUCAUCGAUAAGCCAGUGGUUCUUAACCCUUUUUUCAAAAGACAGCCCUUUUCGACAGGGACUCGAAGCCAUUUACAGAUGUAUUAUAGCGAAAUAGCUAUCAUUUUAAAACACUGAUAGGGUACAGUAAUAUUUUUGUACGCAACAAUAAUUCCCAAUACAAAUUCGCACAUUCUACGACCCACUUGGGGGGGGCCACAGGUUAAGAACCACUGCAAUAAGCUGUAUGUAUAUAAACUACUGUUGGACAAAAUGAAGUUUUCUCGAUCAAAGAGCCUCUUUACGUCCAACUUUGACAAACGUAUAAGUGCAAUUGUAUAUAAAUGUGUACAAAUACGACAGACCAUUUAUGUAUAGUAGGACACAAUAUCGAGGGGUGUAAAUACAUUAGUCUUUCUCUAGAAAAAGAGAAAUGUAUAAAAUAUCGUGAGUGGAAAUAAAGUUUAAAACAGAACGAUGAAAGCGACGAAUUUGAUUUACAAUUCACGCGACGUUAUUUAAGUGAAAUUAUAGAUCUCCAAGAUGUUUGGUCAGCGCACAAAAUAUUCGAAUACGAAAAAAAAUUCGACGAGUCUCUAGCCCUAGUUUGGUAAAAAAUAAAAUAAAAUGCGCAAAAUCGAUGGAAAUGCCUCUUCGUUGCGUUUAAUCAUCGAUCGUUAAGUUCAAAGGAAUUGUAUCGCGUUUUGCGGCAAACUCCGUGUUUCGAAUGUUAGGCAAAUCGAUUGAUAAAUUUUCGUUGUGUAUAUAUAUAAUUUUAAUAUGAAAAGCAAACAUCCGGGAUAUUUACGCGUCGUAAAUUAAAUGCGUAUAUAGUAUACGUGAUUAACCGUGUAUUUAAAAAAUAUUAUGAUACGCAGGCGUGUCAUCCGAAUGUUUUUAGAGAACUUACAAAGUAAAUUUCUUUUCUAUGUAUAUGUAUCUGUAAUUGUAUAUUUUAACGAAGAAUGCUCGUUUGGUAAAUAAAGGAUAAAAGAAAAUUGUGGUCAGGGGGAUUGUGGCGUCCACGAUAGACGGGUAGGUGGAAAUGAAUACAACGUUGUUCAGAUGGAUUAUAUUACUUGUAUUUGUUUACAAUACCAUGUAACAACAAGGAAAAAUACUGAAUUAAACGGGGAUACCUUAUUUGGUGUAUCACACACGGGCACGAGCUGAUUAACGUUUUUCGCGAUAGAUCCUCUAUUUAUUGGCAAUACGAUUUAAUACUUAUCAUUGGUAAGUCUGCACGAUCGUUUUCGUCGUUCGACCAAACACCUCACGCCGAGCUGUCUCGUAACGCUGGAUUUCGUGUUCUUGAAAACGAAACGACGCGGAUAUCCCCGAAAGAUGAUUUCUACGCGAAUUAGAAAAACGAAAGAUGGCGUCGAUUACCACUCGCGUCGCUUAAAACGUUUGCACACGGUGGAACAUGAAAAUUGUUUUUUAACAGCGUAUAGAAAAUUGUAACUUUUCGUGAACAUAGUAAUUUUAGACCCUGGUAGACGUAGAGAGAAUUGAGUCUUUCGGGAUCAGUCGAUGUUGUAACGCUUUUGAGUUUUGAAAUUCAAUCGGAAAUCGAACUGUUCAUUGAAAGAUCCAGCGUGCCUGUACAGUAUUGAAGCGUUUUCGGUUCGUUUUGUGCUCAAGCAAAUAAUUCAUAGUGGCAGUAUUUGGUAACCGCUUUCAAAUACGAAUUUCACGCCGCCCUUCGGUUCUUUCGAAGUACAAGGUCUAGAAAAAUAUAUAGAUGUAUAUGCGAAGUGUAAUUUCUUUUUUUUUUGAACGCCGCUCGAAUUGUCAUUUGUUUCUCUCAGUCGUAAAUUCUGAUCACGAUCGUCGCCGAGCAGUGAAACGUUCCCCAGGCUCGAAAGAUUUGUGCUUCCCCGUUCAAUGUUCGACACGCGACACGUAUUCACCUAUAUGCACGGGGCAAAAAUAUCACAAAUUAAUUCGAAAGUCACAGAAAUAAUAUCCGUUACAGAACAAAAAAAAAAAAAAAAAAAAGU